GGCGGGAACAAGGCAGUGGUUUAGACGGUUGUGGCUUAAAACGUAUUAUCACCGACUAUCGAUUACUUUUCUCGAGGUCUUCGUAAACGGCGUCAGAUUGAGCAACUCUGAUCAGGAACUGUACGCUAAAGAAAUCUGAUCUAAUCAAAGUAAACUAAAUACAAUAAACAGGAACUUGCAGUAUUUCUGGCGUUCGUCGCUCGAGCAAGGACAGGCCGAGUCUUCGCGGCGGCAGCCCAGCUUCGCAGUGAGAGCGGUGGCCGCGACCUCCGCGGAGCCCCGCGCCGACCACAUGCGCAACCCCCGCGGCUGCGAGUGGGAGGGAAUGUCCGGCAACCCGGUGAGGCCAAGUGGUAUGAAAUAGUUGAGUCUGGAACUGUCGGUGACGCUAUUCCCCUUCCUCGCCAGUGAAAGCGCCCGAGCAAACUGUACCCGGCACUCAAGGUGAAGGCGGAGAACAAAAAAAAUCCUCUCGUUAAACUGCAAAAUGGAUGCACAUCUUGCUCACAGUAUCAACAGUCCGACCAGCCCCUGUAAUGAUAUGUUGAAAAAUAUAAGUAAUUUGGAGGCCAUACAACUGUGUGACAGAGAAGGAAACAAAUCACAGGAUAGUGGCAUUGCAGAGAUGGAAGAGCUCGCUGUUCCACAUAACAUAAAAAUAAGCAACAUCACAUGCGAUUCUUUCAAAAUCUCAUGGAGCAUGGAUUCAAAAUGUAAAGAUCGUAUCACGCAUUACUUUAUUGAUCUGAACAAGAAAGAAACCAAGAAUUCUAAUAAAUUCAAACACAAGGAUGUUCCUACUAAAUUGGUGGCAAAAGCAGUUCCUCUGCCAAUGACAGUACGUGGUCACUGGUUCUUGAGUCCCAGAACAGAGUAUACUGUAGCUGUUCAGACUGCCUCAAAGCAAGGUGAUGGCGAUUACACUGUGUCUGACUGGAGCGAAGUUGUGGAAUUCUGUACUGCAGACUAUUCCAAGGUUCAUCUAACACAGUUAAUGGAAAAAGCCGAAGCAAUUUCAGGACGGAUGCUGAAGUUUUCAGUUUUCUAUCGUAACCAACACAAAGAAUACUUUGACUAUAUUCGGGAGAAACAAGGGGAAACAAUGCAACCUUCUGCAAAAGAUAACAGUGGCAGUCACGGUUCUCCCAUCAGUGGGAAACUGGAAGGCAUUUUCUUCAGCUGCAAUACCGAGUUCAACACUGGAAAACCUCCACAUGAUUCACCUUAUGGCAGGUAUCGCUAUCAGAUCCCUGCUAGCAAACUCUUCAACGAAGACACAAACCUCUACUUUGGAGAUUUUUAUUGUAUGUAUACAGCUUACCACUAUAUCAUCCUGGUUAUUGCACCUGUGGGGUCAGCAGGAGACGAAUUCUGCAAGCAACGACUUCCUCAGCUAAAUAUCGCAGACAACAAAUUCCUGACGUGCACUGAGGAGGAUGGUAGGCUGGUUUAUCAUCAUGUUCAGGAUGCCAUUUUAGAAAUAAUCUACACUGACCCUGUGGAUCUCUCUCUCGGUACCGUGGCUGAGAUUAGUGGCCAUCAGUUGAUGAGUCUGUCCACAGCCAAUGCAAAAAAAGAUCCUAGCUGCAAGACCUGUAAUAUUAGUGUUGGGCGUUAACAGUGUACAAUUACACACUCUUGACAUUAUUAUAGUUUUCAUUGUGUAUUCCAUUCUCCCCCUUGAAGCAUAUUAUGCAGCUUUUCAUCAAAAACUUACAGCUAGUUGUUUUAUUUACUGAAAUAUGUAAAUGUAUGUUUCUUGUGAGAUAUUUGGUAAAAGUUGUUGCAAAGUUCUAAAAAAAAAGCUAAUAAACACAAAUCUCUGCUUUCGAAAGUUAUGACAAUACUUUGCUAUAAAAGAAGAUAAUUAAUGUUAUGUGCUCUCUUGCAAAGCAAAGAUAUUAGCUAAGUAGUGUUCUAAAAGAGAUAUUUAACAAGAAUAAACUACCACCAAAUGGAACAAGCAUUAAGGUGUGUUUGCAGCAUGACCUAUCUUGCAGGAGAAAUACAGUCUCUGACACUAAUUACCAGUAAAGUUAACAGUUUAAAAAUAUUUUAAAUUGCUGUAUUUGAAGAAAAUAAACAAUACAAUAGAAAAAUAUUUGUAUUUGUACUCUUCAAAGAUUUACAGUGCAGUGUAUGAUUACUACAUUUUGUAGUAAUUUGACAGUUAUGAAAAAUUAAAUGCUUGUAAAAUGCAAUUAUCAUCUCUUAUUUAUUACAUUCCAACACUAACUUCAUGUAUAUCAUUAACUAUUAUUCUUCUUACAAACAUAGCUAUUGUUUAAUAAAUACCUAACUGCAACAAAAUACAUAUAUUGGCAUUGUGUUAAACAAACAAUAAUUUAUGAUCUCUUUCUUUAAAAAAUGCAUAAACAAUUUGUAUCAGUGAACAGGGUUCCCAGAGAAAGGGAUGGACAGAUGUUUACUAAACAACUUUUAAAUUUUAAUUAAGAAUGGCAACUUAUCACUGCAUUUAAAACUUUCCUUACACAUCAGAUUUUUAAACUGAUGUGAUAAGUAACUUGAAUUGUAGAUUGUGGUUUAAAUUGUACAACUGAAGCUGAAUCAUAACAUUGCCAAUAUGAUUUUGAAUCAAUGCUCCCAUCCAAGGAUUAAAUUUUGCUUUGUGGUGCUUCAGAUAACUUGAACCAAGCAAGGAAAUUCAUGAUUAGUCCCACUUGACAGAGAAGUUCCAAUUCAGCAAUAAGUAUUUUGGUAGACUAUUCACAUAUUAUAAAGAUUUAACUUUCCUCUACAUUCAUUUGACUUUGCAAAUUAAAUGCAAAUCAAAUUCAGUUCAAAUAAGCAUUAAAAAGGCUUCAAACAUAUAUUUGAUACACAUUGAAUAGACAUUCAUAUUUUGUAUGGUAGCACUUUUGAAUGAUAAAAAUUCCACUUCAUGGUUUUGACACCUACAAGAGCAAAGAGGCACUUAGCUUUUUUUAAUUUAAAAAAAGCCAGUUUCAAGCCAACGAAAGACAAGGUUAAGGAAAUUGUUUUGAAAGGAUGUAUAAAUAGGAAUCAGCAGGACACUAAAUUUAACCAAUUUAAUCUAUGUGCACAACAGCUCAGCUUUCGAUAAAGCCAAGUGGAAAGGGUGCAACAGCUGCAUUCAUUGAAAGAUUUAAAGCUAAGUUAAGCAAUUAUUAAACAUAAGAAAGAAUCUAACACUGUCUGCCAUUAGUUGGAUCUGCCUUUGCAAAUUCUUUUUACAAUUUUCUUCUACAUAAAUCAGAUUUAUAUGCUAGUGAGGUUGACUGGCAGUAAUCAAUUUUUACCUUUAAAAAUUACUCAGACGGAAAUGGGACAAAAUUUUCUACCAUGAAUUUUGUUCCCAUCAUCUGUGUAAAUAAAGCAAUUUAAAUAUUUUAAUAGUGAGCUAAAUAAUAUGAUAUCCUUUUAUGAAACUAAUAGUUGAGUAGUGCAAACAACUGAUUUGGAUAUUUGAUAUUUUCUUAGCACUUGUUGAAUGGGGGGAAAAUUUGGCUAUAGGAGAAAAAGGUAAAUACAAUUUACAUUGAUGUAAAUGAGCUCAUCUAAUUUUGUUUGAGUUUUGUUUAUUAAAAUAGAGUAAUUUUAAAUCCUUAAUAGCAGAAUUAAUUUUAGUAGUUACUGAAUCUUUUUGAAACUGAAAUGAGAAAUACAUCCAAGUUCCUGACAAAUAAUAAGUCUGGAGACAUAGGUUAACCAGAUACAAAAACAGUUCUGAGGUGGAAAUAGUCAUUUAAACUGGUCAAACCUUCCCUUGCAAACUAAUGCAAACCUGUAAAAUGCAUACUUGGAACCUGCUGCAGGCAAUGCCAGAUUUAGCAGGUAGGUAACUGGGGAACUGCCUAGUUUGCUACUCAGCAGAAGGACCAGAAUUAUUGAUUAUAUGAAGGUCUGUGAUAUAUACGUGUUCAAAACAUUAGACAUGGGAUACGAUUUAUGCUGAUGGACAUGAAGUGAAUAUUGGGGUGACCCCAGUAAAAAGGGAUAAGAAUGCAAGGCUCAGCUAAUAGUUUUACAUUCCUGCCAGAAAAUAAUGGAAUUCAUUAUUAAGAUUACCUGUAAAAACACUAACCUGAACAACAGACACUGAAUUUUUGAAAUUCUGUAACAAAUUAGCGUACUAAGUGGAUUGAAGAAAACCUUGUUUCAAUGGGUUAUUUCCAAAAACCAUUAGACAAAAACCUAAAUGAAAAGUUGUGACUUAAGGUAGCAACUUCCUAGGUCUAAAACUAGAAAUUAGUGAGAAAUUCCUGAAGAAGGAAACAGCUGUUAUACAUUUGGAGAGGAACUUAAGAGUGGGUAAUCGCUCUAUUAUAAGAAUUAUUAUUUGCAACAGUGGCAUUUCAAAUUUAUGAUGCCUAUUGCAGUCAAAUUAAUGGAUAUUAUGUAACCAUGGAGAGAGCAGAACAUGAGACAACCAAGGAGCCAGCUUCAAAAAAAAUAUAAAUCACUUGAAGUUCUUUGGAAUAAUGAACUAAGAUAGGGCAGUGCAGUUAGUGUAACACUUUAUAGCGCCAGUCACCCAGGUUCAAUUCCUGCCACUGUCUAUAAGGAGUUGGUACGUUAGCCACAUGUCCGCAUGGGUUCCUUCCCACAUUCCAAAGAAGUAAGGGGUCAGUAUGUUAAUUGGUCACAUAGGUGCAAUUGGAUGGCACGAUCUCAUUGGGCCAGAAGGGCCUAUUACAGUCCAAAUAAGAUUGUCCAAAUGUCCUUCCUUGUCCACAUAAAUCUUGUGGGAAAACCAGUAUUUCAAAAUGCAAUGGUUGAAAGGAUUGAUUGGGACAUUUUCAAUGCAUCAUACCAUAAUGCACAAAAAACUAAUAAAGCACUGUAGGAACAUUAUGCAUGCAGACAUAUUACAGUCUCAGAAUAUCACUACUUGUGAAAAUUAUGAAAGUUACAAAACUUUACAAAUAUUUUUAGUGUACUAUCCAAAAAUAUAAAUGAAAACACAGUUAAUAAACGGUAUAAAGAUAAGGCAAUCCCAGGUCAUUAGUUGAUCAAAAAUGAUUAAAGGAAUUGCAUCUUCACCGUGUUUUAAAUGGUCUUGAGAAAAAUGAUCGUGCCCAGACAAUUGUAAAUCCACUUUGAAUUUUUUUCAUUGUCAAGCAAUGAUAAUAUUUGUAUUUAAACCACAAACUACUUAAUAUGAUAUAAAUUGAAAAUCAAAAAAAUGAGUAAUAGGCAGGCUUUUAUAACUGUACAUGACUUUUCAGUCCAGGUUGAUACAAAUAAAGUGCUAUGGAGUCUCAAACAGAGACCAUCAAUAAUUGUGUUUGUUCUAAACACAUCUCCUACCAAAAAUGAAUUCAUAUAUUGUUUAUCAAUGUCAAAAAAGGUCUAUUUAAUAAAAUUCUCAAAGCUAGCUGCUCAAAAAUACUGGUGCAUCUUAUAACACUUUGUCUUUUGUAACAGUGACUUUGAUUAGUUGCUCAACAACGUCUGUGUUCAUUUUUGCUGUCACUGUUGGGAUAUAGGGAUGUCAGUAAUUAGUAAGGUGCAGCCAAGAGUUUCUAUGGCACAAACACAAGCUUGAAACAUCCAGGAGCUUUAAAGAGGUUUGAAUAACUUCCUCUGUUUGUUGCAAGGACAAGAA